AUGGCCGAGUUGUAUGUAGAGGUAGUAGAAGAGGAACAGCGGCUGGCACGUGGCCCAUCACAGCGUCAAUACUGGGACCGUAAGACGUUCUCAUCUUUUGCCGAACAGCAGCGCGCCGUGGCCCGCUCUAGCACUUUAUAUGUGGGUAAUUUAUCCUUCUUCACGUCGGAGUCGCAGAUCUACGAGCUGUUCAGCCGUGUGGGCUACGUAAAACGUGUUAUCAUGGGACUAGAUCGCUUUAAAAAAACACCUUGUGGCUUUUGUUUUGUAGAGUACAGUGUUCACUCUGAAGCUGAAGCAUGUGCACAGUUUCUGAGCGAAACGAAACUAGACAACCGUGUGAUGCGCUGUGAGAUGGACGGAGGCUUUCGGGAGGGCCGCCAGUUUGGUCGUGGCCUUUCCGGAGGUCAAGUAAGAGAUGAUAGACGCUCAAAAGAUGAUUACGAUGCUGGUCGAGGGGGUUACGGGCGUGGAGACGAUGCCACAGCUGACGGCCACCACUUCCGUCGCUCAGCGCAUGUAAAGAGACCACGGGGCAAGAGUGUAGCAAUGGACGAGCCACCGGCUAGUCGUCAAAGGCGUCCAGAAUCUUCAAGAGAAGAGAACAAAGAGGAGGAGAACCCAAGGUUUCGCCAUCGUGAAGAUGACGCGGACAGAGACGACGAGGUGGCAGAAGACAAGCAGGAUAUGGAAGCUGUGGAGAAGAUUAAAGAGACGAUAGAAGCGUGA